CCUAACUCCAUUUCUUAUCAGAAACCCUAGCUCAUUACUGUUUUUUAUCCUGAGGUGUUUCAAAGCUGCCAACAAUGGAAUCUCUUACUCACAUGACUUGUGGAUUGAAACUGGACCUCUCAUCUAAUGGAUGGUACAAGUACCUGACGAAAUUGCUGAAAAACAUCGCAGGAGUCUCUUAUCAGAUAGAUGCACAAGCAGGUAUGGCAUAUAUUUCCGGGAAAGUAAACGCGAAAAAGUUACUGGAGAGGAUUGUCAAGGCUGGGGAAAAAGAUGCUGCAGUUUGCUGGGUGAGGACCGGAGAGGAAUAUACAACUCCUUGUUAUGGCAAUGGGUAUUAUAAUGACCAACAAAGACUAUUAUCAUGUGAUCCUUAUAAUAACUAUAAUUAUAUGGGAUCAUAUGCUCCUACUACUCCUCCUCCUCUUCCUCCUAGUUACUACCCAUCUUACGGUCACCAUAAUCCAAUGACCCAUUACUAUCCCCAGUUACCUCCUCCUUAUACAUCUUAUUAUUGAUAUGAGAGGCUAGAGAUGAUUGAUCUGAGCCGUUGAUUGUAUGCGUGGAACAACGACAGCGUUUUUUUACUGUGUCGGGGCUGAUAUACAAGACGGCCCUCCUGCUUAAUAUACAGAGUACCUGGCGAAUACAUAGUAUUCUUCAUUUUUGGUUUGAAUGCUAUGUAUUGAACUAAUACGUACAAUAAAUAAACAUUGUGAUGAAUUUCUGUUUAUUUUGAUCUACCAAAUAUGAUUUCUU